AUGCUUUGAAAGCACGUCCUGAACUCAACUCGGCCGAGUGAGUCAGAGUCACAUUAGUAGUGUCAUUUGGUUGUUGUUAUUGUUCAUGUCAUUGCCCAUUGCCGAAUUCACUUUCCUUCUUCUCUUCACCCAUUCAAGAGAUGGAGUUAAUUCAGCAGAAUUAUAAUGAUAGUUUCAUGGACCAUGCAUCUAACGGUCCUCUGGAUUUGCCUGAUAUAAGCAAUAUAGUUGGAGCACCGCAAUCGAAUCCUAGAGUUGGUGAAGAAUACCAGGUGGAAGUCCCCUUCAUGAUAAAGGAAUCAGAACGAAUUCAACUUCUAAUGAAUCCUGCUGAUUCAGAAGUUAUACACGAUAACUCACUUUCCUUUGCAAUUGGUUUACCCAUCUCAGUCACAUGGAUGCAUAAUGAAGUGGAGGGUAGUGGACGAGAAGGGAGGGGAUAUCUUGCAGACAUUGAUGGUACAGUCAAUGAAAUUGAACUUGCAAAAGCAACUAAUGUUAAAAAUAACAGUAUGUUAGACAAUAAGGAAGAGCUGAAACCAAGUGCAAUUCAGUCAGUGAUGACAGGAGACAGAAAUUCAGGUCAACUGGGUAAAAGCAUAAAUUAUGUUUUGGCCCCUGACACAUUGAGUAACUCCUGGAAUGAAGCUGAUGCAAAAAGUCUUCUCCUUGGUUUGUUUAUUUUUGGGAAGAAUUUUAUUCGGAUAAAAAAAUUCUUGGGAAACAAAGGGAUGGGGGAAAUCCUGUCAUUUUACUAUGGAAAGUUUUACAAGUCUGAUGAAUAUCGUAGAUGGUCAGACUGCAGGAAGAUAAAAGGAAGAAAAUGUAUGAUAGGACAGAAACUCUUUUCUGGGCAGAGGCAACAGGAAUUAUUGUCUCGCUUGAUUCCCCAUGUCUCAGAAGAAUCUCAAGAUGCUUUGAUGCAGGUUUCUAAGUCAUAUGUGGAGGGCAAAGCUUCUCUAGAAGAGUAUGUAUCUUCUUUAAAGUCUGUUGUUGGACUUGUUGUUCUUGUGGAAGCAGUUGGUAUUGGUAAGGAGAAGGAAGACCUUACGAGCCUUGCAGUGGAAGUUGGGAAGAACAAUAGGGUGUUUUCAGCACCAACUUCCAAAGCUUGGUCUUCUCUUGGGCCCAGUGAGAUAAUAAAAUUCUUGACAGGAGGAAUUCGACUGAGCAAAGCCAAAAGUAAUGAUCUCUUUUGGGAAGCUGUUUGGCCCCGCUUACUGGCAAGAGGUUGGCAUUCUGAGCAACGAAAGAAUCAAGGCUAUGUCAACUCCAAAGAUUAUCUGGUUUUUCUUAUCCCUGGUGUUAAGAAGUUUUCAAGGAGAAAACUUGUGAAAGGUGAUCAUUACUUUGACUCUGUUAGUGAUAUCUUGAACAAAGUGGUAGCUGAACCCAAUCUUCUAGAGCUUGAUGAAGAAGCUAAAGUUGGUGGCUGCACUGAUGAAGAGCCAGAAAAGGGAUUGAAUAUGGAUGAUCAAUCUGAUUAUCAUCAUCAAUGUUACCUCAAGCCCCGAGCUUCUAUAACAGAUCAUAUAAAAUUCAUGGUUAUUGAUACCAGUUCGGUGCAUGGAGGGAAGUCAUCUGGUUUAAUGGAAUUUAAAUCUGUACCUGUUAAUUCAGUUGGUAAAGGCAAGGUAAAUUCUGCUAGUAUAACAUGUAAAGGGGCCAAACAUAUGAGGAAAGGAAACCAUGCUAAGAAUAUGUCUGAAAGCGUUGGUCAAAAGUUGAUGAAGUUUACAGUUAUUGAUACCAGCAUGCUUUGUAAAGGAAAAUUACUAAAAGUGAGAAAACUGAGAUAUCUGCCCGUUGAAUUGGAAUAUGCUUCUAAGAUGACUGGUCUUUCAAGAGAAAGUAAGGAUAGUUCUGCUAAUGAAGAUUCACCAAUUGUGGUGCAAGGUAAAAUGCUGACAUGUGACAAGAAGAGUAUUAGUAAUACUGAUAACCAAAAUGGUAUAUUUGACAGUGAUGCUACCGACCAAAAAGCAUAUGAUAACUCAGAUAAUAAUGCAAACAAGAUGGUAGAAAACCAGAAAAAUCAGAAGACCUGUGUGUCUGUUGAUAAUCACCUGAAGAGGACCAUUAAUCAUCAAUUCAGUCGGAGAGCAAGAUCAGGUCAUUCUAACCAAGCAGUUCUUCCCAUUAAAAGGAGGAGAUUGACUGCUUGUGCCAAGGCAGAGACAAGCCGUGUUGUUGAGAAUUCCUUAGAAGGCUUGGGAUCAGAAAAAUUGGCACUCUCUCAGUCACUGAGCUUUCCAUAUUCCCACAAAAAUAUUGGUGAUCCAGUUAGUUAUCAGCAGAAUGGAAGGUUAAUUUCUUCUCCAGUCGACAGAAGUGUGGCAGAGAAUGAUGAAUGCAUUCUCAAUGAACUUGGUCAAUGCAAGAGCAUUUCUUUUGUUGAAGUUGAGAAAUGUGAAUCUAAGUCCUCGAUCACCUUCAGCAAACCUCAUGUUUCAUUGAAAUCUGAAAAUGGUGAAAUGAUGCCGAUGGUAGAGGAAGAUGGGCUGUGCCUAAAGGCAAAUGUUCCAUGUUUGUCAACUGAUACUCGGGAGGUAGUUGAGAAGCCACUAAGAAUCUCUUGCAAUGUUGAUUCUGAGGAACAGCAGCCUAAUAUAAAUCCUAGAAGACAGAGUGCAAGAAAUCGACCAUUGACAGUUAGAGCGAUGGAAUCUCUAGCAAAUGAAUUCUUGCAUGUUCAAAGGAGACAGAAAAGGAAAGAUACCCUACCACACGAAGAUGCUUUCAUCCCUUGCCGCAGGGCUCGUACAAGAGGCAAAAGCAAAACACUGCCGCAUCGUCAUAGUUCAGAUCAUGAAACUGCAGCUUUAGUUGAAGAAAAGCAUUCGAAUGGAAAUUGUAGAGACAGCGAAAUCUUUCCAAACCUCUAGAUUAAUUAAAGACUAAAGAGUAGUAGUCAUACAUUGAUACUAGGUAUCUUUGAAGCUACCAAUCAUCUUGAAGUUGACUUUUAGAAACAAAUUGAUUUUGAAAGUACUGAUGUUUCUCCUUUGAGUUGCAAAUUAUGUUCUAAAGCUGUCAGGGCAAUUAGGCAUAUUGUACAGAAUUUUGCAUACUUAAGAUAUGUUUUAUGAGAUCUUUUUUAAUGUUUCAAAUGGAAUAGGAAAUUGCUCCUUUUAUUG